UUUUGAACUCGCUCACUCAUUCAACUCCAAUUGAAUUGUCACCAUCACGAAUACGCAACACUAAGCAAACAAGCAAACAUGUCUGCGCAUGUCAAUCUGCUCGAGAACAGAGUCAGCCUGGGCGAGCUGGAUCGCACUCUGGCAUCGGACUCGCUCGAGCGAAGGGCGUCAGACUCGGAGCUCAUGAAGCGACAGUCAUUCCUGUCGCUGGUCGACGAUCUGCACAAGCAAGAGAAGGCUCAAUCGGAGCUGAAUGGCGAGCAUACCGCCUCACGAGGUGUCGCAGAGCCUCAGGCAGGCCACCACUUUCCACCAGUUCCAGCUCAUCAGCAAAAACUACUAGACCAACAGCAACCGCAACAAUCACUACAACAGCCGUGGCAGCCAGCCUUGGACUACACUCCCACGGUUGUCCAGUAUGCUCCCGCCGUCUUCAGGGCCCAGCCGCCAGCACCAAUCCCGAUACAUGGGCAACCGCCUCAGUUUAUCAUGCAAGUGCUUCCCUCGACUCCGCUGACAACUGCUCCUCCGGCUUCAGCCACACGAGGCAGCACUCGAUCCCAGCAACAGCAGCAGCAGCAGCAGCAGCAAGCAUCAGCAGCAGCUGCUGCAACAUCGCAAUGGCACGCGCAAGACGAUGACCACAAUGACACGUCGUCGGACGCGGAAUCUCAGCAUGGAUUCUCCACCACUCGACCGGCGGACAAAAAGCAGCGCCGCCUGCAAAAAAACCGCGAGGCUGCCAAGGAGUGCCGAAGAAAGAAGAAGGAGUACAUUUCGACGCUCGAAGACCGCGUCAAGGUUCUUGAGCAGCAGAACAGCGCGCUGACGGAGGAAGUCAAGCGACUGCAAGCGGCUCUUGCACAACGGUCCUGAGCGCAAUGACGACACCGAGAGCUGUGUGUGUGUGUGUGUGUGUGUGUAUGUUGUGAGCCAUCUGUUUGUUUGGUUGAGCAUGUUAAGGUGGGCUGUCUUGGGUGGCUGAUGGCGGUCGAUUGAAGCGGCUGUGAAUUGUGUCGUUUUGUUUGAAGUGUGUAUUUUUCUUCGUUUUUUUUACCUUCCCCGCAUCCAAGUCUACUUUUUCA